AUGUUUUUAUCGAUUUCAUUUUAGGUUCUCCAGUCAUCCACGUGGUUGGUAUGUGUCGCGCUUUUGCUCUCCAAAGCAUCAGCCGUGGUAAACAAUGCGAAUCAAUCGAAUCACGAAGCACAACGUCGAGAAGCGCCGCUGUCGGACUCUUAUGGUCCUCCGCUUCCCACGGGCCCUGAACUUCCUGCACCAGUAUACGGAGUUCCUGCUGUAGCCAACUAUCCACCUCCUCCACCGGAUAUACCGCCACCUGCGCCGCCAGUCCAGGUGCCGCACAAAGAGUACGGUGUUCCGGUGCAAAAUUAUGGGCCUCCGCAUGUUAACAUCGAGUACGGACCACCACCAGCCCCAGCACCAAAGCCAGUCUUCAAUUCACAUCCCAAACCUCAGUACCACCAUGGCCCUCCACAACAGCACCACCCGAAAAAGUCAUCAUCCUUCCUGGAGCAGCUGUUCUCGACGUUUGGAUUCGGCGGUGGUAGCGACAGCCAUCAUCAACACCAUCCACCGAAACCGAUUUACGGCCCUCCGGGGCCCGUCUACGGACCUCCCUCGGGACCUAAACCAGUCUACGGCCCACCUUUGCCACCACCUGCACCGGUCUAUGGACCACCGGUGCACCAACAAGCUCCACCGAAACCGUCUUAUGGUGCCCCGAGACCCGCCUAUGGUCCACCACCACAAUCCAGCUCCUUCUCGGUUCAGUCGGCCAGUUUUGGUCACCACCAUUUAGGAGCUUCCGUUCAUGCUCCACCGACUCCUCCCGAGAUCAAGUGUGACGGCUGGAAACCCAUCGCUGGUCCCGUCGUUCAACCGGAGGUACACGCUCCAGAAUCCUCCUACGGGCCUCCACCGAGUGGAGAUUUUUUGGGAAAUCAUAACCACCAGCACGAUUCUGCUGGGGCUAGCCUUGACGUGAGUGACAUUGGACUGCAACUGCCGAAACUUGAACAUGGCCCUGUUUUCAACGCCCAUUCGGAGCACCAUUCCAGUUUGGAAGUUCCUAAGGGUAACAGUUUCGAGGUUCAUUCGAAUUUCAUUAGCGACUCUUAUGGAGCACCGCCGGCGGAUUCGUUCCUUCCUGGCAGCUACAAGCCUUCAUUCUCCAAGCCUUCAGUCCCUCUGCCGCCUCCACCAUCGCCACAAAAACUUCACUUCGCACCGACCCAACACUACGGACCCCCGCAACGCCACCCAGGGCUUGGUAUCUCACACGGCAGCGUGAGCGGAAAUUUGAAACCAUGGCCAGUGGCUGGAUCGCCUCCCCGUCAUCCGAUUGCCUACCGGCCACCCGUACCACAGGGUCUCAUAGAGUCGAUCGGACAUGCCGUGGAGCAUGAGGAGAACUUUGGAACCAAACCAGCUUACUCCGGCGAUGUCUAUCUUCCGCCUCCAACGCGCGAUGCUACUCACGGUGGAUCGUCUAGCUCGGAACUGAAUGCUCUUCCAUCGGAACAGCCAGCCAAACCCUUCCUCACACAACAUCAACUACCACCCUCGGCCCAAGCCUUCGUUCAAGAGCCACGCUUCCAUUCGCAGGAUAUCGUGGCAGUGUCAAACGAUUGCGGUCACGGGCCCACCUCGGUUGACGUACAGCAGUCAGUUCAAACCAACCAGCUCUCGAUCGUCGGUCCAUCUGCCACAGCCAGCUACUCGGCCGACUACAGCAAUUCCAACUCUGUCGAGGGUCAUUACGAUAUAUCCGCCUCUGGUGGUCACGUUCACACUUCCAGCCUACCAGGACUCGAUAGUGGCAUUGGAGGAUUAGAGCUGAUCUCGGCACAAAAGUCCCAAAGCUUGACCAUUCCCGUGCAAGGACAGCACGGCGCCUACCAUCUGCAGUUUCAGUCAGCUGAUCCACAAGGAGCUGGCUCCGCUCCACACGAGCAGAUCCUCUCGGAAGGUCUGCUUCAAUCGAUAUUGAGUGCUAUCGAGCAGCCCCAGCAGCAUCGAUCGUCGGGCGAACCCGAUUCGUAUGAUCCUAAUAUCGACCAUAGUGAAGUGUCGGUGUUCCUGAAAAGCCCUGAAGGUCAGAAAACGCUACAAGAUCACCCUAAUGGGCACGUCGGCCAUAGAAGAUAA